AUGGCCGCCAAGCGCGCGAAGCCCUCGGCCGCCGCCGGGGAGGACCGUUUGAGCUCGCUCCCCGACGAGGUGCUGGUCCUCAUCCUCCUCCGCCUCCGCAACGCCGCCGCCGCCGGUCGGACCAGCGUCCUGCUCCCGAAGCUCCGCUUCCCCGCUGCGCCGUCGCCCCACACCAUCGCCUCCGCGCUCGCCGCCCACGAAGCCGAAGUGGUGCUCCGCCACCUCCUCGUCGAGGUCGAGGACGCCGCCCCCGGAUCCGUGGCGGCCUGGCUCCCCGCCGCUGCGCGCCGCCUCUCCGGCACCCUGGUCUUCACGAACCGGGCGCCGGGUGGAAAUCGCGUUGGCGGCGCCGAGGAGGAGGAGGCCUCGCAAGGAGGCGCCUUUGAGCUGCCCUACUUCGAGCGUGCCACCUCGGUGUCGCUCGACCUGGGGUUUCUCGGCCUCGCCGUGCCGCCCGCCGGCGUUUUCACCCGGCUCACCGAGCUCUCCCUGCAGCGUGUCCGGUUCCACGGCUCGUACGAGCUCGGCGAUGCCAUCUCUUCGCCACGGUUCCCGUGCUUGCAGAAACUCAGCGUCAGUCACGCCCGUGUGCUGGAAAAUAUGGCCAUCCACUCGGAAUCUCUGCUUAAAGUUGAGCAGCGCUAUCUGGAUACGUUGAAGGAGCUCACCAUUGUGGCACCGGCACUCCGCCGGUUGCAAGUGUGUUGCUGCUUUGCUCACCGCCGGCUGGUUGCCAACAUUUCAACCCCUCAGCUGCUGUACCUCUCGUGGAUGGAGCCAUAUGAUCCAAGCUCUGUCAAUCUUGGCAAUUUGGGCCAACUUCAACGUUUGGGCACAGAUUUUUAUUUUGUAUAUGGGAAGCAGGACUCCAGAACCAAUCGUUCCUUUCUAUUGCUCUUGGAACGGUUUCCAGGCAUCCGCAGCCUUCAAACAAGACUUGUCUAUCGCCCAGUGUACUGA